AUGCAUAAUCAUACUUUUAAGAAUAAUUUUUUUAACAUUAUCGACGAUAAGAAAUGGCAGCAUUUUUAACAUAAGAAUUAAGCGCACGUGAAAAUAUCCGCAAAUUUCUUCGAACUUGCGUCGAACAAGUAUCGUUCCGUUUUCAUUGAGUUUUUGGUAACGAAUAGCCAAUACUUUAGGCACAUUUAUUUUAUAAUUUAUCUGUGAACGGAUAAUCGAAGAGCUAAGAAUUAAACGAUGAAAAUUUCAACGUUAUUAUUCUUGUUCGUGCUGUUCAUCUGUGGACUCCAUGGUCUAUCCGAUGCAGCUAGUAUUCCAACAGGAAGAACAGAAGACACGACAUCAAGCAACGAAAAUAUCGUUCCAAUGAUGAAUAAUAAUGGAACCGAUAUUAUCAAUAUUCUUCAAGAAAUGAUAAUCAAAACGAUCUAUUCGUUCGCUCGAGCAAUGAAAAAUCUACUUGGUGAACUUUUCUCGCCGUUUCUAAAUCUCUUAGAAAGAAGCCUAAAUACAUUGGAAGAGUUGUUGUCCGAAAUUGUGCGUACUGUGGCACCAACGUUCAACCAAAUCUGCAAUUACGUUUGCCAUUUUCUGAAGCAACUGCUUGAUUAUCUUGAAAGCAUUUCGAACAAUUCGGAACCUAUUUCUUCUCUUAUACCAUUAUUACCACCACCACCAUCACCAUCCUCAUCAUCAUCACCACCACAACUAUUAUUACCACAAUCAUCAUCACCACCAAAAUUAUUAUCGCUACGAUCAUCAUCAUCACCACAACCUUCUCUUUCAUUACCGAAUAUUUAUCAUGAUUAAUGAAGAUCCGAUUCGAUUAUGAUCCCCUUAUUAUCGGCAAAUAUCUUAAUAUGU